AAUCAAAACUAUCAUCCAAUCCAAUACUCUCUCUCUUCACCAAAUUAUUUUCGUAUACAUAUUCACUCUAAUUUAAUCCCUUCAAAUUCUCAUAUAUCAUGAUGGCUGACAGACAGCCCCAUUUAAACAGCAACUUCUAUGGCCCCGCCGUGCCUCCUCCGUCAAAAUCACGCCGUGGCCGCCGCAUUCUAUGUACCAUUUUGAUGGUGGCAAUUGGGCUCAUUGUAGGGGCUGGUAUUCUAUUAUUGAUAUUAGGACUUGUAUACAGUCCACACAAGUUGGUGUUCAAUGUGAGCAGUGCUAGACUCACCCAAUUCAACUUGACAACAACAUCUUCCAAUCAACUCCAUUACUCAUUGGCUCUUAACGUCACCAUUCGAAACCCCAACAAACGCUACCGUGUUUACUAUGACUACAACGAAAUGGCCGUUCUUUAUAAAAACCAAAGGCUUGCUACUCAAUGGCUUCCCUCGUUCUUCCAAGAAACCAAAUCCACCGUGGUCGUCAGCCCCAACAACUUCGACGGUCAGAAGCUCAUGUUUCUCACCAGUGAUGAACAUGUCGAGUUCAAUGCCGAGAAAGCUAAUGGGAUAUAUUCAAUUGAUGUGAAGUUCUUUUUCCGUUUAAGGAUGAAAUCCGGUCAAGUGGUGUUGAAAUUCAAGCCUAAGGUGUAUUGUGGAUUGAAGGUUCCGUUGGGUAGCGACAUCGACCCUAAAUCUAUCUCUUUAUUUUCCAACACUGAUUGUGAUUUCAGUUUCUGAUUCAUUUAUUUGGUUCCUUAUGUAUUCUAUUGUAGGUGUAUUGCUGUUUUUUUCCCUUAAAAUCUUAUUUUGUUUUGAAUUUUUUAUUUGUAUUUUUUUUAAUACAAAAUAAAUAAUGUGGGUGAAAAGUUUGUAGCUAUGAAUAAAAAGCAAAUGUUCUAAUAGUUAUAAUUUUAA